CCGGCCUCGCAGACCGGCUGAGAUCUCCAUCCUCGAGUUGAAGAUUCCACGAUGUGGUAGUGAUCAACACACCUCAAUCUCGGAGUACCCGACCACAGCUUCUCCAAGAGAUCAAACACAUUGAGCACAUUACUGAGGGAGUGUGCUACAGGAUCAAACAGAGACUCCAGUCGUACAAUAUUGAGCCUGUCGCUGGCCCUCCUCGUCAGGAGAGCAGUAUAUGCCAGUGUCAAAGGGAGAGAGAGACGCAUUCCGAAGUCGUAUCAAGCUGCUGAAGGAGAGAAAGUGGGCAGGGAGGCUUCUCCUGGAGUCGGUGGGGAGGAGUAUGAGCGACGAGAGACAGGAGGCGAGUUUGCCGCUCUCCCGCAGGACGGUAUCGCCGCCGAUAGAUAAAGAGAGAGCGUCUCACGAGUUUGUCAGCUGCUGGAACAUUGAACUGGAGGGUCUGGACAGCAAGAUCAGAGUGUUCCACAGUCGCAGCGGGGUCUCCCGCCCUACCAGCGACCGUGACAGUCCGUUCACUCCGAUGGCCGCGGAGAUCCCGGCGUCUCGCGGGGCCACCCCCCGUCUCCUGCCGCGGCCAGACCACGAGGACAACCUCCUUCUCAACACUCCUCUCUCCAGUCCUCCCGACUCCUCCAUUGAGGACAGCAAGGUCCCCGGACCCAGCCUCAACAGAGAGGCGGGGGAUGUUGCUCCAGUGACGCUCGCUGAUCCGGCAGUGACUGACCCGGGACUCACCCCUGACUCCCAGACAGAGGUCGGUGAGGAGGCAAAGGCCUCGGGAGACACCCUGUCCACUCAGGACAGCACGAAGAACUUCUCCUCAAACUCAGACCGAAUCAUCAGCUCCACGGAGGACAUGUCGACUUUCGACUCUCGCAUCUCUUCCAAUUCUCUGUCGGGGGAGGGAAGAGGAGGAGGGGAGAUGGAGAAGGAGAUGAGUGAUGCUGUGGCUCCUGCGAAACUGACCACUGUCGCUGUGGCACAGGCAAACAAGACCAAAACGGGACCAAAGUGUGGCGAAAAGUCGGUUGGAGUGGCACGUGGUGGUAGUGAUACAUCGUGA